GAGUGAAGCAAGUCCUAAGCCAGCUCAAUGGCAAGAAUAAAACCCGGGCAAUAAACAGCUAUGCCCUGCCAGUGAUCAGAUGCCCUGCAGGAAUAAUAAGGUGGCCAAAGGAAGAGAUUCAGACCACGGACGUUAAGACCCGAAAGCUCCUAACCAUGCAUGGAGGGUUCCAUCCCAAAUCCAGCACCCUGAGACUGUACGCAAGCCGAAAGGAUGGAGGCCGGGGACUAGUGAGUGUGAGAGCCACUGUACAGGAUGAAACAUCCAAGCUCCAUGAAUACAUCAAGGAGAAGGCUCCAACGGAUUACGUACUCAGAGAAUGUCUCAGACAAUGGGGAACAGAGGAUGAGGCGCUGGAAGAGGGACCAUCAUGGGAGGACAAGCCCCUACACGGGAUGUACCACCGGACCAUAACUGAAGUGGCUGAUCUCAAGAAGUCCUAUCAGUGGCUAGAGAGGGCUGGCCUGAAGGACAGCACAGAGGCACUCAUCCUGGCUGCUCAGGAGCAGGCCUUGAGCACCAGAGCCAUCGAGGCCCAGAUAUACCACACCAGACAAGACCCAAGGUGUAGGUUGUGCAAAGAGGCACCUGAGACGAUCCAACACAUAACUGCAGGGUGUAACAUGCUGGCAGGGAAAGCCUACAUGGAACGCCAUAACCAGGUGGCUGGCAUAGUCUACCGAAACAUCUGUGCGGAGUAUGGACUGGAAACCCCAAGGUCAAAAUGGGAAACACCUCCGAAGGUGGUGGAGAAUGACAGAGCGAAGAUCCUGUGGGACUUCCAGAUCCGGACUGACAAGAUGGUAAUGGCGAACCAACCAGAUAUCGUGAUCAUAGAUAAAGGGCAGAGGAAAGCCGUUGUAGUGGAUGUAGCGGUCCCAAGUGAUGGAAACAUCAGGAAGAAGGAACAUGAGAAACUCGAGAAAUACCAAGGGCUCAGAGAGGAGCUGGAGAGAGCCUGGAAGGUAAAGGUGACAGUCGUGCCUGUGGUGGUCGGAGCACUCGGGGCAGUGACCCCCAAACUAGAUGAGUGGUUGCAACAGAUCCCGGGAACAACAUCGGACAUCUCAGUCUAGUAAUGUGCAGUGCUGGGAACAGCAAGGCUAUUGCGCAGAACCCUCAGGCUUCCUGGGCUCUGGUAGAGGAUCCGAGCUGAAUGAGGGACGGACACCACCCGAGGGGGGGUGAGACGAGGAUUUUUUUUUUUAUAUAUAUAAAAUAGAGUACCGGUAAUACAUUUAGUGAUAUUUAGGACAAUGGGUGGAUUUUCCUUCAGAUCCGCUGUAGCUAAAAAUUAAAACACAGUAAAAUUCAGUGUUGAGCAAGCUGUUGCAGGUCAAACUUCAAAACAAUAGAUGAGAGCAUCUUAAUAACCUGAUGUGCAAGAUUUUUUUUUUUUAAUCAGCUGCCAAAAUAACUUUGGGGGCACAUUAAGCCGUCUCUGAUUAAAAUUCGCUGUUGACUGGUGUUAUUGAACAUGCUUGAAACAGGUUUUUGCUGACUAAGUAAAUUCACCUUCAUCAGCUCGCAUUUUUAUGUUGAGUGAUUGCAUAUUUUAUACAAAUAUUGUUACCCUGCCCUUCAAUAUUGUUACAUAGAAUAUUGCAUAAU